AUGGAGGAUGUUGACCCCCCACCAAGCUUCAGCGAGUACAUCUCAGGCUUAUUUAGCCCUGCUGUCCUGUUGGCGUGGUCCUUUAAACACUACGCAAUUGUCGUAACCGAAACAAUCUUCCGACGCGGUCAGAUCCUCGCGCCCAUUGUUCGAUCCAGUCAAGUCCGAGAUGAAGCCUUUGGACGCUUCUGGAUCGAAUUCGCCGGGCCGCAAGAUGUCACCAUCAACGACGAGGGUGUUCUCGACACUAGCAAACUCAGGGCUUCGGGAGCUCUCAUUCCACCUCUUCUCAAAAAAGCUCGUGGAGUCGUUCUCGACAUUGGUCCUGGCACAGGCACACAAAUGCCAUUUUUCAUUGAGCCAGCGGCCAAGAAUAUCUCGGCUAUCUAUGGCCCCGAACCGUGUGUAGGGCUACACGGGGAAUUGCGAAAGCGCAUUAUUGCCCACGGACUCCAGUCGAAGUAUCAUAUUUUGUCCGCCGGUGCUGAGAAACAGCAACUUGUCGAGGCGCUUCAACGCGAGGGUGUGCAAGUCCACGAUGGGGAAGGUAUUUUUGAUACCAUCGUUUGCAUUCGAGUACUAUGUUCGGUCCCCGACCCCGAACAGACAAUUGCAGGUCUAUACUCUCUCCUACGACCUGCUGGCCAAAUGAUCAUUGUCGAGCAUGUGGUCAAUCCGUAUUCAUUGUGUGGAGGCAAAGGAGGCGACUUUUUUGCAAAGGUUAUGCAAUCGGUCUAUAUGGCGUUGGGCUGGGGGUAUUGGGUGGGUGAUUGCCAUCUUAAUCGCGAUACGGAGACGUACCUCCGUAAAGCGGCGGAGAAGGAUGGGGGAUGGAAAUCGUUUGAAUUAGAGAGGAGAUUUGCUAAGACUACGCUUCCUUAUAUCUCGGGCAUUUUGACGAAGAAGGACUAA